AGAGAGAGAGAGAGAGAGAGAGAGAGAGAGAGAGAGAGAGAGAGAGUUUAAUAGCAAUGUCCUCCCUAAUAUUUCUACUAAAGAAGUUUUGGAGCAGUUAGAUGAUUCCUUUGCAUCUAAUAACUCUGCAGAUUGAUCUGUUCUCUCUGGGACUACCACAAAAUUAGGUAAACAAAACUCUAUUCACAAUACCAGCUGCUCUCACACUGCACUCUGAUUGUUCAGCUCUUACGUGUGAAAAGUACACCUUAUUCCAAGCUUCUACAGCAUGCAAGUUCAUUAAUAUAUUUAUUUUAAGCUGCUUUCAGAAAUAUUGAAAAUUGCAAAUACAGAAAAUACAGAAAUUGAAAAUACAGAAAAUUGCUUCAGCGUUCCUGUUUCUUAGAGUCGAUGAAGUUUUUCUGGGCCACAGCCCGAAUACUUUUUAACUCCUAGCUGGUUACCUCGGCAUUUAAACAGACUUGUCUUGUGUAUUUGUGCAUUUUGCAUAAGCUAAUCACCAUGGAUAUAAAAUCUGAAAGCUGGAGACAACAACCUAUACUUCAGAGGCGAGUUGGACAGGAGGCCAAGUCUAACAUAGUAAAGAGCUCAGGAGAGGAAUGUUCCAGGGAUAGGCCUCCUCGUGCAGCUCGUCCACACAGCUGUAUUGAAGGUAGACUUAAGGACGAGUGGCUACAAACAUUUAACAGUCUACAAUCUAAUGAGCUGCCUCCUUACCUCCAGAAGAGCAACACACCUUGGAGUGAAAGCCCUAGUUUGGUAUCAAGCUCUCAGAGCAGUCUGGAGUCUAUGUGUUCUGGACUGGAGAGCAAAGAAAAGGUACAAAUUAAGACAGGACCGAGCACUCAGAGAGCCAAAGUGUGCUGCCUCGCUUCAGUUCGGUUCGGUUGGCUGCCUUUACAGAGACACGUGGUGAGGAAGGAGAGUCCGAAAAAUAAUGCAGUUCAACAGGAUGGCAUCACCUGUAAGGUGAAGCUGAAGCCGCCCAUCACCCCUGUGUUAAGCUGCAGUUCUGUCACAGCAAAGGGAUCAGAGUUAGGAGAGGACACUGUUGGACUUGGGGUCAGGGGAAUGUCUGGAGCUAUCUCUCUACAGACUGAUGGUAAAAGAAAGGCUACUCUUGCAGAGAGAGAUCAGGACACAGCACUUGAUCGGGCCACCAGCGUACAAAACUCAUCGCGAGACAGAUUUCUCUGGCAGACCCCAGUGCACAGGAGAGGGAGCGUUCCUCAGGUAUCUCUACACACAGCACCCACUAUAGGUGGCAGAAUGUCUUCCAAACACAGCAGCUCCAUAUCCUCCAUCACAAUCAUCUCCAAGAAGGUCAUCCGCUCCUCAAGCUUGCCCGAUAACAGCAUAUCUGACCAGGAUAGAAAGAGGGAACCCAGCCCUAUGGCCUUAAACGACCACAUCAAUGACUCAGAUCACACAUACCCGACAAAGAGCAUCCCACAGAGGAAAGCAGUUGUAGUUAAAAUGACUGAACAAAGAGUGGAGACUCGUAGGUUUCUACAGCCAGGUGCUAAAAAUGGCCCAGUCUACAAUCUUAAUUCAACUAGGCCUAAUGGAGAACACUAUAUGUCACCCUUAUACACUAGAAGCAACUGUAAUCUUACAUCUUCUAAUCUCUUUGAUACGAAGAACCAGCCCUUAGCAGCUUCCUUAAGUGUGACUAGUAAAGAUAACCAUAUACUAAAGUCUAAAAUGACCCACACAGAAAGGCACUCUCAAGUCCCUUUUUGCCUAGUUACCCAUGAGCCCCAGAUGCCAGUGGUGCUACGAAGGAAAGCCACCAUUAUCAAGGUGCAGGAGGAAAGAGAUACCUUCAGCAGAGAUUAUGUGAACAAUAGAAGCAAAGCAACCUACAGGCACAGCUUCAGUGGCCUGAAUGUCUCUGACAUGAAACCGCAAUUAAACAACGAAUACAUGCUUUCUGGAUCUGAGAUGCGGGAUUUGAGUAGCAACAACAAACUAUACAAAUCCACAGUGUCUCUCCAGCUGACAUCCACCAGUGGAGCUCGUCUGGAUGACUCACACACUUCAAGAGCUUCCCAACCUCGGAGGCCUGCUAGUUGUUAUGCUAGUCUGUUUAGUCCUGUUGAGCCAAGGGCUGAUGGUUCACAAGAUGUUUCAGAUCACAGCACCAUUCAUCCCCAUGAGACAAACACUGACCUUGCUUGCUCUGCUGCCAGCAGCUUAAACAGGUGUUGGAGCACUAAAGAAGGAGCGGGGAGCCAUGACAAGAUUUAUACAAGGACAGAGAGCUCUGCUUCAGAUAAAGGGCAGAGCAAGAGGGAGUCUGCUCUCCUGAGAAACCAGCCUUUAACUCUCAUCAAAAUGCCAGAUGCCUCAACCCAUGAGACCCAUGAUGCUAUAGUGGCCCUGAACGCAGCCGCCAUUAUAGCCAAUAUAAAGCUGCAGAGUGAGCAGAAAAAGAAAACCCUGAUCAGCGGCAACACAGACGGACAGAAACACUCUGCAUCCCUGAGCAAAUCUGCAGAAACUUUUGGAUCCGGUUCUAAAUAGAGGGAAAGACUGAAACAGUGGGAAAGAGGUUAAUGAUCUUGUGUUGUUGCCGCCUGUCCAGUCUGUGCCAGCGCUAGUCUGUGAAGCUCCCUGAAGACUCUCCCUCACUCUCACACUACAAACACUACAACGACUCAGAUACAUACUACACGAUGGAUUUCACUAAAGAAAAUACUCUGCAAUUAUAUAUUGAUUUUAUCAGAUGAUUUCUUUAAUUUCUGAUUAUUGAGCUGAAUAUACAGUAUAUAUGAGCAUGAAGUGUGCUACAUCGAAAACAUUUCAAUCUAUAGCUAGACAUGUGUUAAAGUCUGCCUUAAAGUAUUUUUACUUAGUAGUCACAAAUGUUAGGUAUAACUAGUUUACUAACAGAUUUGUACAAUUUUUGAUAUAUAUCAGUUUACUUUUUAACCGUGGCAAUGAAAUUUCUUCAUGAAGUCUCCUAUAACCUUUAAAGUGCAGGAUUUCUGCAUUUAAAAAGUGUUAAAUGAUCCUAGCAAAUUCUUGGUGUCAUUAUAUGUAAUACACACUGUGACAUUUAUCUCUGCAUGUUUUAUGUCUUUAUUUUCUUGGCCAAAUUGGUGGUCCAGGGCACAGUCAAGAUAUUCUAAUGGUUUAACAUUUAAUUGCUCCUAAAUGUUAAAUGAUCACUUGACCUUAUCUGUGUAUAAUAAA